AUGGAGGCUGAAAUAGAUGCUGAUACACCUUUAGACUAUGCUGAAUUUCAGAUUUUUCCAUCCCAGAACAGGUAUGAGGCGCUUGUUUCCAGUGAUGGAGAAGUAGAAAAGUUAGCGGGCGGGCCACUAGAACCACUGUUGCCUCAUUUACCAGAACUAAAUGAAUUGUACUGUAAGGGGUCAAAUGCUAACCUCAAACUUCAAGUUCCGGAAAGCCUGCAUGGUGCAGCCUGGUUCACGAAAUCAACUUUAACCAGAUUCCUGCAAAUUGCUGGUUCACCAGAUGUAAUGCAUACCAUUACUACUAUUGAAAAUGAAAUAUCUCAACUGGAAGAAGCCAAAAAGUUUCAUGUUUCUUUAUAUGGCCAGUCUGAAGUUGAGAUUGCAUCACCAGAUGCUUCAAAGAACGAACUUUUGCGGGCUUUGGACUUGAGGCUCACAGCAUUAGAAAAGGAAUUAACUGGAGCCAUUAACAAGGCUUCUCAUGUUUCCUGCUCCUCUAAAGAGAUCACAAAUUUAGCAGACUUUUCUCAACAUUUUGGAACAAGAGAUUUCAGUUUUAGUGAAGGUUUGUUUGCUAAAUGUUCAUACAAAAGGAAUAUCACUGUAAAAUGCAGGAAUUCUCUGUGCAAGUUUUUAGAGCAGUUUCAAGAAAGCAAGAGUGGUGAUCGUCCAAAUGAUGACAAGUUGUCCUCUACAUGCCAUUUUAGAAACGACAAUGUUGAUGGUACGGAUGGGUGUGCUCAGAUAUCAAAACCAAUACAUUCCGCUACACCAGUAAAAUAUAGUGUUUCACCUGCAAAAGCUGCCCAGGUUGAGCGACAGAGUUCAACAGAAAGCGGGGAGUCUUCUGAAUCAAGUGAUGAGGACCAAACAUCUGCAGAAAGAAGUCGCAGUCUUAUGAGAAGUGCAACACCAAGAAGGUCAGCAUCUCCAAUGAGGAGGAUUCAAAUAGGGAGAACUGGAUCUCGCAGGGCUGCUGCAUUGACCAUUAAGAGCCUCAAUUAUUAUCCUUCUCGGGAAAAACCUUUUUCUAAUGAAGAGGGUGAAUCUGAACAAUCAAAUAAGAAAACUGAGUAUAAUGCACAAAGGAUGAGUGUUCAAGAUGCAAUAAGUCUUUUCGAAAGCAAACAAAGGGAUCAAUCUGCAGAUGCUCAAAAAAGGAGCUCGUUAACAAAUAUCUCUUUGAGUACAAAUAAAUCCGUAUUGAGAAGAUGGAGUUCUGGUUUGGGGGAGGCUUCCUCUCAAUGCCAAUCAGAAAUUGUCUCUGAAGACUGCGCUCCAGUGACUCACAGCAAUGUAGCAAAUGGGGAGACUCCAACAUGUUCAGAAGAAGUGAAAUCAGAGUCUGAUCUUUUACCCAUGGGUGAAAGUACUAUUCAAACUCCUAAACUUGAUGGUAAUGAAGAAAGGUUUGAGAAAAAUUCUUCUAGUCCAAUUGAUGCUCAAGACACUAAUGUAAUUCAGGGAGAGAAAAGUAUUCAAAAAUCAACAGCAUCAACUGAAUGGAGCCGAGAAAGAGAAGCAGAGUUGAACCAGAUGCUGAUGAAAAUGAUGGAACGUAAGCCUUCUAAGUCUACAAAGCCUCAAGCUAGCAGAAAUCGAAGUGUUCCUUCUGAGCAGAGAGGUGGCUUUUAUGACCACUACAAGGAGAAGAGAGAUGAAAAACUACGAGGAGAGAAUUCUAGAAAGCGAGCAGAGAAAGAAGCCCAAAUCAAAGCCAUGCAGCGAAUUCUUGAUGAAAGGAAAGCUGAAAUGUCGUCUAAAAAGGCGAAUGAUACUGAUAAGAAACGUGCUACGCAGAAGCCCCAAAAACCACUUGGAAAAUUAUCUCAACCCUCAAACCUCAAAAAGGAGACUUCAAAACCUUCUGUUACAAAGAAGGCUUCGCCUAGAACAUCACCCUUGCCUGCUACACGCAAGUCGUGGCCAUCGACACCAACACCAAGAGCCACAGGGGCAUCACCAGCUAAAACUCCUGUUGGGGUUUCUUCUGCCAGCACUACCCCAACUCGCCAAAAACCCAAGCCAACACCGCCCACCUCUAAAGAGGGAAGAUCCCAGCCGCGACAGAGGAAUGUAAAGGAAUCCUUGAUUACUCAUGACCGGAGCUUGAAGGGAGUGAAUGAGAAGCAGCAGCAAGCAGUGAAAAAGAAUGCUAAAACAACAAAACCUAAAGUGGUGACAACCUCUGGUGAUUUUUCUGAUAUAAUUCCAGCAAAGCACAACAAGGUCACCAAGAAAAGCAGUGUAGUGCCGGUGGAAUCGAAACCAUUUCUUCGCAAAGGUUCUAGAACUAGCCCUGGUGUCGGUCCUGUUGUUAACAAGACGAAAAGUUCUUCUCAAUCAGAGGAAUCUUUGAGAAACAGCAGAAAUCUGAUUGAAACUCAAGAAGUUGAGGUAAUUGGUAGUGCUUCUGGCCCUGUGACUGUGAGUCAGCCUGAAGAGCCAGCUAUUAUGCCAGUCAACUUUUCAAAUGAUGCUGUAGAAUCAGAAGCUCUGAUAAAUGAUAACCUGACGUGUAGUGAGACACAGCAUGUUGACCCAGUUUCUGCUGAUGGUAAUGAUGACUUAAAAUAUGUGGCAGAAUCCUCAUUGCAAAUUCAAGCUGAAGAAGAAUCAACUAUCUCCCCAAGUGCGUGGCUGGAUUGUCAAGUCCUCGUGUCCGUCAUUCUUUGUCCCAGAUGCUGCAAGAAGAAAGUAAUGAACCAGAUACUAUUGAGUGGGGAAAUGCUGAAAAUCCUCCGUCCAUUGUGA